AUGGAGAGCAGCAGGGGCAGCAGCUCGCUGUACGUGACCCCCAGAGGGGUCUCGACGGACGAUAUGGAGGCAACCAAUAUCAGUUUGCGGCACUUUUACAGCGGCCAGAACGUUCAAAAGGAGGCUCCAGAGCAGAAGCAGCAAGGUGCUUCACAGGAGCAGCACUGGGUAGACCAGCAGCAGUGGGAGCUAGAGCAGCAGCAGCAGUACCAACAAUACCAGCAACAGCAGCAGCAGUACGGAUACCCACAGUGGCAGCAAGGCGGGGGAGACUCAGCCUUCAUGAAUGCGGACGCGCUAAACCAGGCUGCAAUGCAGCAACUGCAGCAGAACACGGUAGAAACAGAAGACCUGAGUAAGAUGGUGGGUGAGGGCGAGUGGCAGCGUCCCCCCGCAACUUCACCUUCCUGGGACUACACACGAGCUCUCUCCUCGUACACUGGAUUCACUUCGAAGAGAUUUGACAGGGAGUGCUCUAAGCUUGGCAUGCAGACCCAGACAUCAGGCAUACAAAUGCGCAACUCAGGCAUUUACGUGCCAGGAGUCACUCAGUGGAACGCAGUCACAAAUACUCCUGUGGAACCUUUGGGAGGAGAAGCGCGGACCCUCGAGAGUCGAAAGUUUACCUUUGAUGCGACUUCUGGCAACUAUGUGAAUGCUCACGACCCUUCUGAACGUAUACCCGCUGACCGCAUGCACGAGCUGCAAAAAGCUCUAUCGAACGCAGCAGUGGAGGAGACAGUGGUGGAUAUAAUGCGUAGAAGGUCCACUCUGCGCAAGAUGUCGAUGGCAUCGCGGCUGUUCCUAGAGCUCGAGAAAAAGAAGCUGUCCGCUAUUACUGUCAGUCUUUUCCUUUCUCCUCUCACAGGCAAAGACAAGCUUUCUGUCUGCUCUCGUUUGUGGCAGAAGCCUUCUAGAAAGCAGUCUCAGAUGAGCCCAUGGUACUCAAGGUCUUCUUCCUCCGGUGGUUAUGGCUUAUCUGCCAGACAGAUAUAUCAAAACGUACGACAGGACGAAUUGUAUGAGUCAGCGAAUCUCUAUGAGGCAGCACAAGAGCUGCGGAAUGUGAAUGCAGGUACUUUAUCAAGAACUUCCGCUUUUCACCAGUUCACAAUGCCCCGCAUCGACUGUGCCAGGGGUUCUAUGGGUGCUGAUGUCAGACCGACACGCGCAAGCACCUACAUCCUGGUUGUUCGCGGCUAG